CGGGCUCGUGCUCACUCAGCCGGUAGAGUGAAGUAUUUGGAGAAGUGGAGCUAGUGGGACAGACGGAGGAGAGCAGCGAGACUUUGGGAUUUCAAAACCACGGCUUUAUCCAAAGUUGUGUGGAAUCAUGGAGCUCCGUCUGGUCAACUUGUUCCUGUUUUUAUUCAUCAACCAAGUUUUUAUCAGCCUCCAGUCGAAAGAACAAGUAUUGCUGGAUAUGAGAGCUUCGGGAUCAGAGUUGGGGUGGUUGACGUUGCCAUAUGAGAACGGAUGGGAGAUAGUCCAGACUGUGGUGAACGGCUCACUUUUCUAUACCUACAGUGUUUGUAGCAUAGACUCUACUGAACAGGACAACUGGUUACGCACAACCUUCAUCCAGCGGCGCCCGGGGUCCACACGAGUCUCUGUGGAGCUUCGAUUUAUUGUGCGAGACUGCAACACUUUUGAUGGCGCUUCUGUCGCCUGCAAGGAAACCUUCAACCUUUUCAUCUCCGAGGCUGAUGCUGACGUAGGAACCAACUUCCGUAAAGGCCAGUUCCGCAAAGUCGCCACCAUCGCUCCUGACGAGGUCACGCGGGGCCGCAUCCUGAAGGUCAACACAGAGACGAGGACCGUGGGGCCUCUGUCUCGAAAGGGCUUCUACCUGGCUUUUCAAGACAUGGGUGCUUGUGUGGCUCUGCUGUCUGUCAGAGUGUACUACAAAACAUGCCCGUCCACGGUGCAGAGCUUGGCGGCCUUCCCGGAGACGGUGGCGGAUGCUCUCAGGGAGGUGGAGGGAGCCUGUGUGGAGAAUGCCGUUAGUCAGGCCACCCCACGCAUCUACUGCACCGCUGAGGGGGAAUGGGUGGUUCCCGUGGGCCAGUGCCAGUGUCUCGCCGGCUACGAAACCACCGGGGACUCAUGCCAAGCAUGCAAACCAGGCUACUUCAAGACAUCUGUAUCAAACGAGUUAUGCCAAGUUUGUCCUGAUAACAGCAAGCCCUCUGCAGCCGGCGCCACCGAAUGUCAAUGUGAAGAAGGUUUCUUCCGCUCCCCUUCUGACACUCCCACGUCACCCUGCUCUGCUCCACCCAGUGCCCCUCGUGACCUGAUCUCCACCACCCUGUCGGCACAGGGCAGGCUGCAGCUGUCCUGGAGCCCACCGCUGGUGACCGGGGGCCGCAGUGACCUCGUCUACAGUGUGGUGUGCGAGCACUGCGACGAGGCCUUGUGUGUCCCCUGUGGCGAGAAGAUCCGUUUCGAGCAAGGUCCUACAGACCUGCAGGACACGACGGUCGUUGUUAGUGACCUGGAUUCUCAUCUGAACUACACGUUCACUGUUGAGGCUCACAGCGGCGUGUCCCAGUUCGGUACCGGCAGGCCAAUCGCAAGCAUCACCACUGCUCUGGACUACACAGAUCCCCCAAAGGUGACGUUGAUCCAUCUGGAUGAUCGCAGUCCCACCAGCCUGUCUCUGUCCUGGACUCUGUCUCGCAGGCCUCCCGCCCACAUCAAUCACCGCUAUGAGCUUAUGUACCGCAGAAAAGAUGAUGAGGGCGAGCGUGAUGUGACCACCUACACAGUCCUGAUUUUGGAAAAAGGUUCCGUCCAAAUUAAUGACCUCACCCCAGACACUACUUACAUGUUCAGGGUCCAGGCCCUGAGCCCUGAAGGAAUCCCCGGCAGCUACAGUGUGGAGCACGAGUUCCUUACCGCACCUUUAGCUGAGUCUCAGAUCCAGAACAACUCCACCAUGGUGAUGGGAGCUGUAGUUGGAGUAGCGAUUAUUCUGCUCGUUGUUGUGGCUGUCCUGCUGCUGCGUAAACGGAGACUGAACUCUCGUGGCAGGGGAGGACCUGAAGAUCCCUACUUCUCAACAGAUCAGCUUAAGCCUCUGAAGACCUAUGUUGAUCCACACAUGUAUGAGGACCCUAAUAUCGCCAUCCAGAAGUUUGUCACAGAAAUUGACCCCACUGCCAUUAGCAAACAAAAAGUCAUCGGUGUUGGAGAGUUUGGGGAAGUGUUUUGGGGCGUGAUGAAGACUCCCAAGCGAGAGGAGGUUGCCGUGGCAAUCAAGACCCUGAAACCGGGGUACUCUGAAAAACAGAGGCAAGACUUCUUGAGUGAGGCCAGCAUCAUGGGUCAAUUCUCACACCCAAAUAUCAUCCGCCUGGAGGGAGUUGUCACCAAAUUCAAGCAUGCCAUGCUAGUGACCGAAUACAUGGAGAAUGGAGCUCUUGACAUGUAUCUGAAGGACCGUGAUGGAGAGAUUGCAUCAUAUCAGCUCGCUGGGAUGCUACGUGGAAUAGCUGCUGGCAUGAAAUACCUCUCUGACAUGAACUACGUCCAUCGUGACCUGGCAGCAAGAAACGUUUUGGUCAACAGCUGCCUGGAGUGUAAAGUGUCUGAUUUUGGGCUGUCGCGUGUGUUGGAGGAUGAUGCUGAGGGCACCUACACAACAAGAGGAGGUAAAAUCCCGAUCCGCUGGACGGCCCCCGAGGCCAUCGCUUACAGGAAAUUCACUUCAGCCAGCGACGUGUGGAGCUUCGGCAUCGUCAUGUGGGAAGUCAUGGCAUUUGGAGAACGGCCCUACUGGGACAUGAGCAACCAUGAGGUCAUGAAGGCUAUCAAUGAGGCCUUCAGGCUUCCUGCUCCGAUGGACUGCCCGUCCGCCAUCUACCAGCUCAUGCUCCAGUGUUGGCAGCACGACCGCUCCAAACGACCUCGCUUCACAGACAUCGUCAACAUUUUGGACAAAUUGCUCCGAAGCCCAGAGUCUUUGAAAACCAUCGCUGACUUUGAUCCACGCGUGUCCAUCCGCCUGCCUAGCACCAGCGGCUGUGACGGCACCAUGUUCAGGUCGGUGCCGGAGUGGCUGGAAUCCAUCAAAAUGAGCCAGUACAACGAAAGCUUUGCUCGUGCUGGGAUCACGACCAUGGAGCAGGUGCUCGCCUUGAGGCAUGAAGACAUCAGGAAUAUUGGAGUGCGGUUGCCCGGACACAUGAAGAGGAUAGCAUACAGCAUCCUGGGUCUGAAAGAUGAGGCCAGCUCCCUCAGCGUGUUUGCAGUGUGAUCUAAGCAUUCCUCCAAAUCAAAGUGCACUGACUGACCUGCCAUUUCACUCACGAGGAGGACUGAAGUGAGGUGGGGGGGGAAAUCUGAGCUACACUGCAGGGGGUUCAUUUUAUGGCGCUACUGAAGAGGACCCUCCAAGCCACUCAGAAAGGACUGAGAUCAAAAACACUUAAGUACUUUAUGAUAACGGAAGACAAAUAAUUUAUAUUCAUGUAAAAAUGUUUUAUAUGUUGAACAUAAACAUAAGUUAUGUGAUGUAGUAAAUAAAACUAUUAUAA